AUGCCACAUCGUCAUCGUAAUUCCACUUCGACCAUAACCCUCCUCCUACCUUCACCUACCUCUUCCACUUCUACAUCGUCAACAGCAAAUCAACCCACAACUGAACCAGUGGAUAUAGAGGUAUUGAUACUAGCCAAGAAAAUCGCAUCGUCCAAAAAUCAAAAAUUCGAUAUUGAAUCUUAUCUCUCCGAUACUCAAUUAGAAGAAUAUCGUACGAAAUAUUUAGGAUUACCUCCUAAACCUGUACCUGCACCAGCACCAGAGGAAACAAAACCCGGUGAAAAUGCAACUGCAAGUGCGACUGCUGUGAAAGAUAGUACGGCUACAGCUGGACCAUCCACACCUGUCAUCUCAGUUGAAGUCCAAUCUCCUACACCUACUCCUCCUACAACCAAUGCUACAGCUACAACCCCCGGCACACCUACAACAGCUACGCCAGUGAAGAAACCAUUCAAAUUCCCCGAUCUGAGUCAUCUACAUUGGAAACAGCGUGCGAAGCGGUUAGCAGAACUGCAAAGGGAGCAAGAGAUGAUUGAGAAUGGGGAGAUCACCGAACAGUCUAGUUCGGUUUUGGAUGACCCGGCGAAUGCCAGUGCGAGUACGGGGAAGAAAGGCGAACUGACGGAAAAGGAUAAAGAGGGUAUAAGGGGAAGUGCGAGCUAUUGGAACUCCCUCCUGAUCUCCGCUCGUAAAUCCCGUGGACCGCAAUGGGACUAUUCCCUCCAGCAGUACCAAUACGAUCGAUUUUCGGUGGAAUACUACACCCACGGUAAAGAUCCUCGUGCCACGCCUGAGCCAGAGCCAGAGACAAAGGACGAAGACCAAGAUAAAGAGCUAUUAGAUGCGAAUGCAGAAGAAGGGGUCGUGGGGAAUGAAAGUCCAAAUAAGAAGAGGAAAUUGUCACUAUCUCAACAUCCUUCUUCGCCCAAUCAACUUAACAACGUUAAGAUCAAUGUCAAUGAGAAGGAUGAGGAUGAUACGGAUAGUAGGAAAAGAAUAAAAUCUAAUUCUUUGCCCAAUUCAAUACCUAAACAAAGUCCCUCUCUUACCAAUUCAACUCAACCACAGCAAUCUCAGAUAUCCAAUACGCCCAUAGGGAUCGGUAGACCCCCCUUGCCUUCCAAUUCAUCGUCAUCCAAUUCUUCAAUCCCCCAAAUCGGCGUUCCAAUGUCAAUGGGAAUACCAUCCGGUAUUAAUCCACAGCAAGCACAAGGUAUGAAUCCAAAUAUCUUGGCUAGCUUACAACAAUUCCAAGCUCAACAACAACAGCAACAACAACAACAGAACCAACAAGGUGGAUUCAAUCCUGCUCAGAUACAAAUGCAAUUAGCGGGAUCAGGUAUGGGGAUGAACAUGAACUCACAACAACUGAAUGGGAGUGGACUCAACCCACAACAACUAAGCGGUCUAAAUCCUCAACAACUAAGUGGAUUAGGUGGGUUGAAUCCUCAGCAGAUAAGUGGACUGAAUUUGAAUUCACAACAAUUGAACGGACUCAACCCUCAACAAUUAAUGGGUUUAUCAAAUAUGAUAUCAUCGAUGAACCCUCAAUUCCUCCAGCAGCAGCAGCAGCAACAGGGAGGUGGAUCGAUAAGUCAACAUGGUUCAAUGCAAGGUUUGAAUAUGGCUAUGUUCAACACGAAUACCAAUACCAAUACUGGUCAAACGGCUGGACCGAUGUUAGGUGGUACGAGUAGUACCAAUGGGAACGGGAAUGGGAAUUGGUCUUCUGGAUUCAAUAUGAACAACUAG